GGCCUCAUAAUUUCUAAUGGCGGCCCUGAUUACAUAUGAAUAACACAUACAUUUUAUUCUGCAAUCUUUUAUACACCAUAGGGAACAAACACGGCGCGCUUUUAACGCUUUCCAUUGAAAACCUGCAGGGGGCACCGUACGGCAUUCAUUCUGGCCGAAAAUAGAGGUUUUUCGUCAUCAAUGUGCACCGGAAGUUAGUCUGGGGGACGCGUCUUGUUUUAGCGACUUCAAGAAAUGGCAGCUGUGGAUAUUCGAGAUAACUUACUUGGCAUCUCCUGGGUGGACAGCGCCUGGAUCCCGAUAUUAAACAAUGGUACAGUCCUGGACUAUUUCUCCGAGAGAAGCAACCCCUUCUACGACCGAACCUGUAACAAUGAGGUGGUUAAGAUGCAACGGCUGACACUUGAUCAUCUGAAUCAGAUGGUUGGAAUAGAAUAUAUUUUGCUUCAUGCCCAGGAACCUAUAUUAUUCAUCAUUCGAAAACAGCAGAGGCAGUCACCUACACAGGUUAUUCCACUGGCUGAUUACUACAUCAUUGCUGGAGUGAUCUAUCAAGCACCAGACCUGGGAUCUGUUAUCAACUCCAGAGUACUAAGUGCAGUGCAUGGGAUUCAGUCAGCAUUUGAUGAGGCCAUGUCCUACUGCAGAUAUCACCCAUCUAAAGGCUAUUGGUGGCACUUUAAAGACCAGGAAGAAAGAGACAAAACUAAGCCUAAACCAAAGAAAAAGGAGGAAGCCAGUUCACACUUCCAGAGACAGAGGGUAGAUGCUUUGCUUAUGGAGCUUAGGCAAAAGUUCCCUCCGAAAUUUAUUCAGCAAAAGACUGGAGAAAAGCCUGUACCAGUGGAACAAAUAAAGAAGGAAGCAGAACCACCCGCUGAAUCUAUAAAACAAGAAGAAAAAGAGCCAGUGAAAGUAGCCCAGCAAGGAGCAACUCCUAAGGGGCCCCCAGAAAAAAGAAUGAGGCUGCAGUAGGAGGCUAAGCAUCUGUCAGGAAACCUCAGGAAUCCCUAUUGGUUGCAGAUAAACAUGGAUACCCAUUGCAGUCCAUACAUUGCUAAUAUGGACUUUGUGGUCUCAGAGGCGGUUGCAGUGUAUGGAGAGGUUACAGACUUAAAAAAUUACAAUUUGGAUGUAUAGAAUGUCAGUUUUUUUUGUAUUGUUAUAAAACCACAAUUUUUUCUAAAUAUAUACGACUUAAAUACAAAUGAGUCUGUUUAAAAAAUAAAAAAACAUUUUUUUUCCAUUCUGGCAUACUGCACUGUAAAAGAGGGUCUCCCUGGGGGUCCUAGCCCUUAUGGACUCCACACAAGGGGGUUUUUAUUUUCAGAAUAUCUCUAUUUAGAUUUCCCUGUCAAGGUGGACCCUUAGAGGCCCAUUUAUCAAAGGUCGAAUUUCGAAUUCAUGUGAUUUUUUUUUAACUGUAAUAAAAUUCGAAUAUACUCAAUUCCAUUGGGAGGUUGUUUAAUAAAAAAAAACUAAUAUCUAAAACUUGAACUAAAUAUUACUGACCAGAAAACUCAGAUCGAAUUCGACUAAACUCAAAUUAAGUUGUUUUUCUCCCGAAAAAAAAAAAACCGCGAAUGUCAGGAAGGCUAUUAACAUCUUCAAAUGGGUCACUGAACCUCUCCCAUUGACUUAUACAUGAACUCGGCAGGUUUUAGGUGGCGAAUAGUCAAAUUUCUAAUUGUUUCAAUGAUCAAGGUUUGAUAAAUCUUGAUUUUCUAAUUCAAAUUAAAAUUCGAAUUGAGCUUGGAUUAUUCAUAAUUCGCAUUUGAGAGUUUUGACCACAAAAAAAUGUGAACAUUUUAAUUUACAAUUCGACCCUUAAUAAAUCUGCCCAAUAAAGUCAGGUUUUCUGUUGUAUUAGGCCCCAUGAGACAUGUUAAUUACACUCAGACUUCAAUGCGUUUUGCCACCGAAUUUGCCAGAUUAUCAGGUUGACUGAAUGUGCUGCUUAUGUAUUCUAACCCUGUGCCAGACUACAGCUCAAGGAACAAGGCUUAUGCUUUCCAUUUUAUGCCCCGAAUAUCCGACCACAUUUCAUGGCCGCUUGCACUGAAUAUGCAUUGUAUUUGUAUGCUGUUUAGAUAAUUGAUUUUCUGUGUUAUUUGCAGUCAGAUGUUCUAGCUAUUUGUAAAGUAACAGGCAAUGUAUUCUCACUUACACGUAGGGGCCCAUUUACUUAGCUCGAGUGAAGGAAUAGAAUAAAAAAAUCUUCGAAUUUC